AUGUCUCAAGCAGGACUGGACUGUCACCUGUCUCAAGCAGGACUGGACUGUCACAUGUCUCAAGCAGGAUUGGACUCUCAUCUGUCUCAAGCAGGACUGGACUAUCAUCUGUCUCAAGCAGGACUGGACUGUCAUCUGUCUCAAGCAGGACUGGACUGUCACCUGUCUCAUACAGGACUGGACUGUCAUCUGUCUCAUACAGGACUGGACUGUCAUCUGUCUCAAGCAGGACUGGACUGUCAUCUGUCUCAAGCAGGACUGGACUGUCAUCUGUCUCAAGCAGGAUUGGACUGUCAUCUGUCUCAAGCAGGACUGGACUGUCAUCUGUCUCAAGCAGGACUGGACUGUCAUCUGUCUCAAGCAGGACUAUCUUCGUUUUUUUUUUUUUCUAUAAUUGCAUGA